CAGCCCACACUGUGUCGGUACUUGGCGUGUGACGCUGGUAGUGCUCUGCUUCAGCCAGUGAGCCCAGCGCCCGCGUUUGCAACGAGACGUUCCCUCUGUCCCUCUCUCUCGCUCCUCGACGCGUGUUGCUCCUGCCGUCCAACCAUGAGACUACCACGAUCUUCAGCCCCUCUGGCGCUCCUCCUGCUGGUGAUGCUGGUGUGUGUUGGGGCGAGAAGACUCCCCCGCACCCCCAGCGCCGCCGCCGCCGCCGCCUCCACCUGUGACCCCAACAAACUGACCGUAUAUAAAGUGUUGGUCCAGACGGCCUGGAGUAGAGAGGUCUUCCCCAAACAGUACCCAGAGUGGCGGCCUCCAGCCCAGUGGUCAAAAGUCGUCGGCCGUUCCCACAACGCAUCCUUCCGUCUGUUCCAAAUGGGAGAAACAGCCUCGGAGGGCUUGAAGCAGUUCGCCGAGCUGGGCCAAACAGAUGUGCUGGACGCACAAAGCCAGGGUGAAGGAGGCGUCCUCGACGAGUUCAACGCCCCGCCCGUCACCCAGGGAGUUGGAGAGACCCAGGCAGAGUUCUUCGUCGACGGCAACCACUCCAAGGUGUCCCUCAUCUCCCGCGUGGUCCCCUCGCCCGACUGGUUCAUCGGUGUGGACAGCUUCGACCUGUGUGUAGAGAGCAAAUGGGUUGAGUCCGUCGUCCUCGAGGUGGAUCCCCUGGACGCAGGUACGGACAACGGGUUCACCUUCACCUCUCCCAACUGGCCGACCAUGCCCAAGAAAGCUGUCUCCCGCAUCACCGCCCAGAGCCCCAACCACCCAGCAAACUCCUUCUACUACCCCGAUGUACCGGAACACCCCCCCAUCGCCACCUUCCAUAUUGUUAAGGUGAAGGAGUACGAGUUGGCUCGCGUGUUCUCUCCGUCUCUGCCCCGGGCGACCACGAGGCUCCCCGCCCGAGACCCGGCGACUACUGCCACUACCGAGGCCUCCACGGCCCACCACCAGGACAACGAAGUCAGCAACAAUAUCCUACCCAAAUCCGGCGUCGACCCCGACCUCGGCGACAACAAGGAGAGCACCGACAAGAACGCCAUCAUGAACAUCCUUGUAGACAAGUACAAGAAGAAGAUUGGAAAGAACAGGAGAGGCAGAAAGAUGGGAAAGGGAAGAAAAUUGGACCAACGAAGAAAGACGGAGCGUCGUCGUUCCCGCGUGCCCCGUGACUGUCGGGUGAGUGAGUGGUCAGAGUGGUCCUCGUGCAGCAAGACCUGCGGCAUCGGCGAACAGAUACGCACACGAACUGUACUGCGUCACGCGUGGCGGGGUCGAGCGUGUCCCGUGCUGCAGGAGACCAAGUGGUGCGGCUCCUCCAGGGACUGUGACCACAAGUACUUCGACUGGUAGACCCGCCACUACACAGCAAUGGAAGAAACCACGAACAGAAAAUGAGGAGUAAAGACACUGAGUGGGAGCAACGGAGGUGAAUCUUGUCAGAACACAAGGAAGAUUCCCUGAAAAACGGAGGAAAUCUAGUGAGAAAGGGAGGUAAAUCCAGUGGGAAGGGGAGGUAAAUCCAGUGAGAAGGGGAGGUAAAUCCAGUGAGAAGGGGAGGUAAAUCCAGUGAGAAGGGGAGGAAAUCUAGCGAGAAGCGAAUAAAUCCUAUGAGAAGGGGAGAUAAAUCUGGUGAAUAUGGGAAUUAAUGGAUGGAAAAAAUAGCACGGUAAACGGCACUUGAAAUGGUGUAAAGUUUACGAGAGACUGCAAGGUGUAAAUCGAGAGAAAAUAAGAAAAGUGUAAAUUAAAAGACAGAAAAGUGCAAAUCAACUGGAACGGUUAAUUCAAAUAAGGAGGUAGAGUGAUAAUUUGUGAAUUACGGAAAACAAGAGGACAAGUGAAGAGAAAGGGUGAAAAUGACGAGGCGAAAGGCAUAUAUAAAACUAGAGAAUAAACGCAGUGGCAGUAGGAGGUAAACCCAGGAAGAGCUCGGUGAUAUAUGGAGGAAUACAUAUUGGCGGGACACUCUACAAGUGAAUGGAUCGUGACCAAACUAUAGGCGAGUCAUGUCAAAUACCAUGGUAAGAUAAGACAUUACACAGUCCACACUUCACUACGGCAUUUCCACCACGAAAUCGAUCCCAGGUAUCGUAGGUUCAGAGUUUUGAGCGAUACCAGACAACACGGCUCCUACCUGAAUUUACCUGCGGGCCAAUAACACUCUAGUUGCCUCGAUGUGGACAGGAAGAGGAGAGCCUGUUAACGGUCCCUCUCUCCCAUUUGUUCUGAUUUUUUUUCAGGCGGGAUUUUAAAGUUCAACUGAGUUUUGGCAUUUACGGCUUCAGCGGGUAGCCUCUCCUGUUCUCAGUCCUACACUGUGGCUUGUUAAGCUUGAAACCGUUGCUCCUUAUGCGCCACAAGCUGAGAAAGACCCAAGGAAUUCUGGAAUUUGACGUCUCAAUUAAUCCGUGACGUGAAAAAUAUUUGUAAAUUGUUUUAUUGUUGCCGACUGAAUGUAUAUGUUGACGUCAUUAGAGAAGGGGAAUGAGGUGUUACCUAUGUGGGCAGGUUUAUGAACAUGUGACGUGACCCAGGUGGCAGAUAUUACCCACGCCAGAGGUGUUACCUAACAGAUUACAUACACAACAUGUAGGUCGUCUUCCCUUCGUGGGUUAAGUGUCAUCUACCGACGAAAUGUAACUUUGGUGAUUUAUUACAGAGAUAAUACAGAGGUUAGUGUUGCAUAGGGAUUUGGGACUAACAACUAGGGAUUUAUCAACAGGUAGUGUGACACUCAUUCUGAUUUAUAUACAACUCGUCACAUAUCCUGUUUUGCAUUAGUCAAAUGAUAUAUUAUUUUGAUACGAAUACAGGAAACAAUCAGUGUGUGUAUAUUCACGCUUUUAGUCCAGUGUUAGUGAAUUUAAGGAUAAAAAUAAUUAUAUCAACGUAGAUAACUGUGUUAUCUACGUAGGUGUUCUAGAUAAUUGAAUAUUAGUUAUAUUUUUACCACCAUUAACAUGAAACAUUGGAAACUGUUCCUCUUAUUAUUAUUAUUAAUGUUAUUAUUAUUGUUUAUUAUUAUUAUUAUUAUUGAUACUAAUAAUUUGGAAAAUAUCCAAGUUUAAAUAAUAUUGCAGCGUGUGAAAAAUACUAAUGAAUUUACAAAGUAUAUGAAAAUUUCGUUUUAUAAAAAAUAUACGAAAAUAUCGUUGACUACAAAGUAUAUAAAAAUAUCGUUAAAUAAUGACGUAAUAUACAGUAGUUGAAAACUUACAAAUACAUGUAAUUAAAUAACACCAGGAAGUAAAACUAGGCUUCGAACAUCGUGGCCGAUAUGUUGUGAGCUGUCAAUUACAAACAAAUUUAACCGCAUUUCAACUGCUAUCAACGACGGCUAGUUUCCUGUAUAUGGAACUGGUGCUUCCACGAUGUUAGGAAAGACUUGCUAACCGCUGUACAUUAUAGCUUUACCGACUGGCUGUAUAAGCAAUCUAAACUGUUGCUGACUAUGAACCAUAAACAGUUGAAUGGAUGUAUAUGUAUGAGGAAAUGUGCUGUUUCAGUUAUAAUAUAUUAUAUAGUCACUCACUCUUGUCAGUGAGUGAACUGAGAAUAAUAAUCUGCUGUAUCUGAGAAUUCUGCCAAUAUUGGAUUAUUCAAGUUCCGACUGAUUAUUCGAUCUGAGCUUAUGAGAUUAUCAGGUUUAUGGAAGCCAUACUUUGAAUUUGGACUAUCAAAGGCAAAUAUAGCAAGUAUAGAACGGCCAUAAAUUAUGAAAAAUGAUUACCUAUCGCUAUGGCUUAUCAUGUAGAUAAUUCAAGUCAACCAUUCACUGAAUGUCAAUCCUGAGGCUCAUAAGCGCAAGAUAUGCAAAUUCUUCACUAGGUAUGGGAGGCAUACGAAUGAGUACAAAAUACUGUGCAUGUAUAUAUAUAUGUAUAUACGCCCAGGCCAAAUUAUAUAUGGUUAGAUGCCCGUACAUCGGAGUUAGUGCUUGUAUAAAUUAAUGCUAGGCUAUUUUCUACUACAAUGAUAAUUGCAAUGUUUUUUCUUAUGGACGGUAUAAGGUAAUUGCUACUUGCUCUUUUUAUAUAUUUUAUUUUGAGUGACAAGAGGAUGUCAGUCGAGAGCAAUGUUGUUGCCAAGCAUUUGUGAGGCUCGAACACAUACACGCAGCCUCAUCUAUGUACUGUACAUACAGCACACACAUUCACACAAACAACACAUGAGUACAUACCCAAACAUACUAAUACACAGUGGCGUGUCGUAAAAAUAAUGCUAGCAUAAGCAAAUGGCACUGUUAGGAGAUACCCUGGAGGUAAUAAUUAUUUAAAACCACUACAUAAUCAGUGUUAUUAUCUACUUCCUAUCCAUAAUCAACAAUGCUUUGCUUUUUAGGAAUUCACGCCACCGCUAAUAUUUGCGCGCGUGCGCGCGCACACACACACACAAACACACACAAACACACACACACACACACACACACACACACACACACACAUUAAAUAUGCCAAAACUAGAAGAUAGAAGAAAAAGAGGAGAUAUGAUCACUACGUACAAAAUAGUAACGGGAAUCGAUAAAAUUGAUAGGGAAGAAUUCCUGAGACCCGGAACUUCAAGAACAAGAGGUCAUAGAUUUAAACUAACUAAACAAAGCUGCAGAAUAAACAUUAGAAAAAUCACCUUCGCAAACAGUGGUAGACAGUUGGAACAGGUUUGGCGAGAAGAUAGUGGAGGCUAAAACCGUCAGUAAUUUCAAAGCGUUAUAUGACAAAGAGUGCUUGGAAGACGAGACACCACGAGCGUAGCUCUCAUCGUGUAACUACACUUAGAUACUUACAUACACACACUCAAAUAAUUCGUGCCUUAUAUGAAGAUUAUCUCCCGAUGACUGACUUACAACCCGUUGUGGAGCCUAUCUUUGCAGUAACGACACCUUGAACGGUGUUUCAAUCCUAUUAAUGUCGGAAGCUCACGUUCCCAGUUACCAGACCGUCAUUAAUAUAUGCUGGUGAUGUUUACGGCAAUAUGAUGUAUGAUAUGUUAAUGUGGUGUAGUGUUUUUAUGUAAUGUGAGUGUGGGGUUAUAGCCGACUCCUUAUAUCAGAUUGUAUUUCCGUCUCGCUCUCUUAUAUCAGUUUUUUCCUAUUUAUACAAUUUUGAGAUACAUUUCAGGCCUUAAUAAGUACUAAAUUGAAUAAUGUGAUAUAAAGUUAAUGUUGUAUUAUGUCGUAGGAUGUGAAUUUGUACAGAUGUGGCCGAUAAUUUGGUGUUGCGACGUGGCCAGCAACCUCCAUAAGUAGAAUUUUUCUUGUAGUAUAAAUUCUCAACGCUGGUAGUUUGUUGUGUCAUAAGCACACACAGCUAAGGAGAGUUUGUUGUGUCACAAGCACACAGAACUGAGUAGAGUUUGUUGUGUCAUAAACUCAACCCAUUUGACAUUUCCAAAUGUAUUAUCCUUGGUAAAUGUGACGAGGGUUUCAUCUGUCCUGUCAAAAUUAUGUAUGUUAAAAAGUGUUUGAUUCUUGUAUAUGCAGAUUGUUCUUCUAAAAUAUUUAGUAAGUUAUUGUAUAUAGUCAGAUUAACUUUAUUUGUUAGUGCGUCGUAUGUAUAUCAUCUUUGUAAUAAACUUUAUACAAAAUA